AGGGAUAGACAGGCAAGGCAGCUCUUCGCCAGCCUCUUCCUGCAGCGUCCGGUCAGGUUACAAAUGCUUAGGAUUGGCUGAGAUGGAAAGCUUCUCAGCCAAUCAUCUCUAACAAAGGUUUAGGGGGGUGUGGCAAUUGGCCCAGAACCAAUGCACGGGCUAGGGUGGAACCAUGGGGCGGGAGCAUCCUCGAGCCAAUCGGAAGUGCUGAAGAGUGGGCCUGACAGUCGGAGGUCGGCUUUGGAGCCAUGAAUAUCUUACCCAAGAAGAGCUGGCACGUCCGGAACAAGGACAAUGUCGCUCGCGUGCGACGCGACGAGGCCCAGGCCCGGGAGGAGGAGAAGGAGCGUGAGCGGAGGGUGCUGCUCGCUCAGCAAGAGGCCCGUACGGAAUUCCUACGGAAGAAAGCCAGGGGCCGAAACUCACUGCCUGAGCUGGAAGCAGCAGACCCAGGAGCUCGUUCUGGCCCUGUGGACCUGUUUCGGGAGCUGCUGGAAGAAGGGAAAGGAGUGCCCAGAGGCAAUAAAGAGCAUGAGGAAGAGAAACGACAGGAAAAAGAGAGACAAGAGAAAGCACUAGGUAUUCUGACAUACUUGGGCCAAAGUGCAGCAGAGGCCCAAACUCAACCUCCCUGGUACCAGCUACCCCCAGGGCAAAAAGGCUGCCCUCCAGGCCCAAGCCCAGAUGAGAAGAUCAAAAAUCGACUGGACCCCUUGAGGGAGAUGCAGAAGCACCUGGGCAAGAAAAGGCACAGCAGCGAAAGCCAUCCUUCCAGAGAGGAACGGCCUCCGAAACAACAGCCCAGAGAGCCACCUUCCCUAGAAAAGCUCCGUGCCGAGCGUCUUCAGCGGGAAGCAGCUGAGAGAGCUCGAGCAGAGGCCCUGCUGGCCCGGGUACAAGGACAGGUAUCCCAGCAAGGUCAGGUGGAAAUGGAAGAGACAGAUGAACGGAAGCGGCGAUACAACUCCCAGUUCAACCCCCAACUGGCUCGGCGACCCCGCCAGCAGAACCCAACUCCUCCCCACUGAACUUUUUUGGGGGAAUAGGGGAGGCUGCAGGUGCCAGCCGUCAUAUAAAACUAUUUAUUCAUAAAUAUUUUCCAAAAUGAAAAUAGGUUUACCAAAAAAUGUCCCUCACUGGGGAGGGGAGGAGGGGGCAGCCCUUGCCCCCAGGCCCCCAGGGUAGGGCAGAGAGGAAGAGAAAACUUCCCUAUCCCUUCUCUGCUUCCUGGGGCGGGAGGGUGUCCCAUGGCCUUGGGCCUCCCCCAGUCUUCCAGGGCAGGGCCCUCACCUGGGCAGGGGGAUCAGCAUGCGGGGGAGGGGGAGGGUAAAGGGGGCCGGUGUCACUGGAGGUCCCGGUCCUCCAGGUAGCGAUACUCAAAGGUGAAGCCUUCCUUCUUCCGCUGGCCCCACUUCUCGUAGUCAAAGUAGAUGUAGGUGCCUGGCCGGGAAGAAGGUGGUCAGUGAGUGGACGAAGAGGGGGGCUGAGAUCUGGGCCAGGCAGAUGAACAAGAGGCAGUUGUCAGGGACAUGGAGGUACCAAGCCAACUGUCCUACAUGCUUGCACUGUCACACUCCACCCUCAGUGACCUUAAAAGUGAAGAAGGGGGCCAAGCCUCGCCUUUUUGGGCCUGCAGGUACAAACAUGAGGCCUAAGCUUAUGUUAAGUGACAACUGAGGAGUGGGCACCAACAGGUGGCCUACAAUGCAACAUAUGCACCAUAAACAUCUAAGUGCUCUGUGGAAAUACACUACUUAAUUCAUUGUAACUGAGAUUCUGAGGGAUUCAAUGCCCUGAGAUAGUUAUGUCAAAGAACAAACCAGGGCAAGAUAGGAAGGCUGAACUCAAGGUUGGAGAGCAUACAGCAAGAAAGCAGCUAGGUCAAGUGUCUGAAAUGCUUCAAAGUGGUCAGGAAGAAUAUAGGGGACAGUCCAGAUUUCUCUAAGAAUGGGAACCAGCUUGGAACCUGGAAGUGUAGGUGGGGAAAAUAUGUAUGGGGAAAGCCACUGUGAAACACACCAACUGAAAGCAAUAAAAUUCAUGACGCUCACUA